GCCUAGGACCUGGACCUGCAGCUGGGUGCAGCGUGGUGCCAGGACAGGCCUGGAGCCUGCCUUAGCCCCCACUCCCUGCUGCACCGCUGACAGGGAGCCACCCGAGAUAAGCUCACGUCCCAACCCCCAGCCCUGAUCCCACUCCUGCACCCCUCAUUUCUGGCCCCACCCCAGAGCCCACACCCAGGUAGAGCCCUUAGCCCCGCCCGCACUGCCCCCUCCUGCACCCUGAACCCUUUAUCCCCAGCCCCCCCCCCCGCGCCCCCCCAGUGAAAGCGAGGGAGGGAAGGAGGCUGGGGGAAAGUCGUGAGCGGGGUCGGGGCCCCCGGAAAGGGGCGGGACGAGGCUGUUCGGUUUUGUGGGGUUAGAAAGUUGGCACCUCGCCGAGCCGCCUCCCUGGGGGACCCGCUGCCCUGAGGGCGCAAAAGCCAGCGGGCGAACCCGAGGCAGCCCCAACGCGCGGCUGCGCGUGACACGGCUCGCGGGCCCGCCCCCAGCGCUUGUUAGUGCCUGGGGCUGGCCGUGCUGGGACCCCGGCAGCUGCUGGCAUCCCUGCUGGCGGGGCUCGCAAGGCGCCCCCAGCCGGGCCGCAGCAGCGCAGGGGACCAGCCAGUAGAACUACAAUCCCCACAACCCCCCGGGCCAGAGGUGGCGGUGACGUCACCCCGCACCCCUCCGGCCGGCGGCGAGGCCCGGCGCCGCUAUUCGCGGAGCGGUCUGCGCCGGCCUCGCGCUCAGCCGAGCGGAGCGGCGGGAGCAUAGAGCGCGGCGUCCGGCGGCGCAGAGCGGCGCCGCUCCGCUCCAGCCCCCGCCCAGUAAGCAGUCGCUAACAUGGCGGCUCGGAGGCCUCGCUCCGCCUCGGAGCACGACAGUGAUGAUGAUUCGUAUGAAGUAUUGGAUUUAACAGACUAUGCAAGGCGUCACCAUUGGUGGAAUCGUGUGUUUGGCCGAAAUUCUGGACCAAUUGUAGAAAAGUAUUCUGUAGCCACUCAGAUUGUAAUGGGCGGAGUGACUGGUUGGUGUGCAGGAUUUUUGUUCCAGAAAGUUGGAAAACUUGCAGCAACUGCAGUAGGUGGUGGAUUUCUUCUACUUCAGAUUGCCAGUCAUAGUGGGUAUGUGCAAGUUGACUGGAAGAGAGUUGAAAAAGAUGUAAACAAAGCAAAAAGACAGAUAAAAAAACGUGCGAACAGGGCAGCACCUGAAAUCAGCACCCUCAUUGAAGAGUCAACAGAAUUUAUCAAACAGAAUAUAGUAGUAUCCAGUGGAUUUGUUGGAGGCUUUUUGUUAGGACUUGCAUCUUAAGGACUUGAAUUUGUCUUCCUGAUGGCAUCAACCACAACAAAGAACAGUAGUAGUGAUUAGUGCACUGUCUUAAAGCAAAGCAGUGUGGGUCACUGAUCACUCCAGAGGAAGGAGAAUGGACUAGCCAGACAAAUUGGAAGCUUUUAUGUUUUAGGCUUUUGCCUUCCGAUGCUUGGCAUAAGAUUUGCUGAAAAACUGCAGUGUGCUCAUAAUAGCAUUUUUUGGACAAAACUGGUUAAUUUUCAUCAUGACUUUUUUAUUCCGUGACCAUUCAGAAAAUAGCAUUUUUAAAAUGUAAUUUGUGGGAUAUUGCUAUGCUACGGUAAUGUAAGAAGGAAAGCUCCAUUUUCAAUCUGAAUGUUUUCCAGAUAAAUGUUGCUUUAUCUUUAUUUAAAAGGUAUUGUCCUUCAUGCUGUAGUAAAUAGUGCCAAUUACUAAUAAUGUAUACAAUAUGUAGCUUCAGCCGGAGGGCUGACAAUCUUCCUUAGAAAUCACUGCAAUAAUCUAUAAACCUGUAAUAACUUUUUACAGAAGUAUUAAGUAAAAAAGAAUCAUGAUCAUAUUAAAGGUGAAAAUCAAACCUU